GGACAUUAGUUCUGCACAGCAAUCAUUUUGGAUGAUAGCACAACACAAUGGGCCUUUUCUGAUAUGGUGUGAAGUUAAAAAGAUUCUGUUCAGGGGGUGGACAAUUGUUGAGCGAGGUUAAGGUAAAGUGAAUGCAGGCAGUCUACCAUUUCAGGUUGAGGUUUCAGGGGCGUGCCACAUGUGUCAGCUGUUGAUCCUGAAUGAGAAAGUCACAGUGAGCUCACACAGUAGCCUGCCAACUACGAUAGAACCAACGAAUUUCUGUGGGUUAAGAGAAGAAAAUGCACAUCUAAUGUUUGUGGUUUGGCUUUUUUUUCCAAGGUUGGAGUUUGCCCACAGGGAGUUAUGUUCCAUGAAAAUGAUGGAAAAAAUAAUGAAAUCUACCAGCAUUUGUUCUGAUGGAUCUUCAUGUCGGUACAUGUUCGCCACCUUUGCCAGAGUGAAGAAACCAGGCUCACAUCUAUACUGGUUGCACAUACUUCUGCUGGUCGCCCUAUUUGCAGGUCAGGCAUCCUGUAAUGGGACCUCUGCUGCUCCUUCCCCUCUUCCCAUUGCUAUAACAAAUGCACAGACUUCAGUAUACUUCUUAGUUGAUGUCACCGUGGAUGUCAGUGGACAAAAGAAUGAAUCAGAAAUCAUUGCCUGGCUGAAUCAGGCGUUCCAAAACAAUUUGCAGAGCUGCGUGUCUUCAAACCAAGGAACAACUGCCACGCCUACCUCCCCACAAACUACAUCUGCAAGCACUUCAAAUGAGACGACACUCAUGAUGACAGCAACAACAAUGUUACAGAUCAACAACACAACUACAGCUUCAGCAACAACAUUACAGAUCAACAACACAACUACAGCUUCAGAAACAACAUUACAGAUCAACAACACAACUACAGCUUCAGAAACCACAACGUUACAGAGCAACAACACAACUACAGCUUCAGAAACCACAACGUUACAGAGCAACAACACAACUACAGCUUCAGCAACCACAACGUUACAGAGCAACAACACAACUACAGCUUCAGCAACCACAAUGUUACAGAGCAACAACACAACUACAGCUUCAGCAACCACAAUGUUACAGAGCAACAACACAACUACAGCUUCAGCAACCACAAUGUUACAGAGCAACAACACAACUACAGCUUCAGCAACCACAACAUUACAGAGCAACAGCACAACUACAGCUUCAGCAACCACAACAUUACAGAGCAGCAACACAACUACAGCUUCAGCAACCACAACAUUACAGAUCAACAACAAAACUACAGUUGAAGCAACCCCAAAGUCACAGAGUAACAACAAAACUACAGUUGAAGCAACCCCAAAGUCACAGAGUAACAACAAAACUACAGCUGAAGCAACCCCAAAGUCACAGAACAACAACAAAACUACAACUGCAGCAACCCCAACGUUACAGAGCACAGCACAGUUAAAGAGGAUAGCUCGUCAAAUUCGGGACAGUGUGACACAAACCAGUCUUUUUUUCAGUGCAGUCAGUAUUGACAUAUCAACUGGCCUAUUUCAAGGAAUUAACGUUUCAUGCACCCCAACGACUGCAACAAUAAACAUCAACUGUUCUGUGAUGCUACAGCUGAAGCAGAGCAUCCCAUCAUGUUGUAUCCUGAGUACGCUCUGUGCGGCAAGUAAAACAUCUUCUGACAUCCAUGUGGUGGGAAAAACAGCAGGUCAAACGAAUCCACUACAAAAUCAGUGCAAUAACACUAUGCAAGAGCAAAACAGUUGCAUUUAUACUGGUCAAGCCGGUGCAUCAUGUGAAGAGUCAGUGACUGCAUAUGUGAUGCCUCAACCCAACUCAUCUCACUGUGGUGCAGACACAGGGAACAACACCUGCAGCUGCUCUGCUUAUUGCAGUGUGCCUAAUGCAUACUACACUUUUCAAAUUUCAAUACAAGAUUCCAAUAUUAACUUUUCAUAUAUCUCAUCCGUGAUUUCUAAACUUAAACAACAACCAGCAUGCCCUUCAAGUGGAGGUGUUUCAUGUCCAUUGUCUAUCAUUGCAUCUGAAUAUAAGGAUGUCAAUGUGGAUUGUGGAAGCACAGCAACAACUCUUCAAAGCUGCAAAGUCAUUUUAGGCUUUGGCCAUGAGGUUCCUAUCUGUAACGUGUCAGCAGCCGUGAUUUAUGUGCUUCAGUCUGAGAAAGGAAUCAGUUACAAUGGAAAAGUGACCCGAGCAGCAAUUUGUGGAAAUUCAGAAGUCAGCGACAAUUCUGAGUUUGUGUGGUUUACCAUUAACCUACAGCCUGCUACCUUUUGUACAACAAUAGAAGCAUCUUACACCCUCACUUGUCAAAAGGGAAUCAAUAUGGUUUUGCAGCUAGAAGAGCAGUGUGUUCAGGGGGUGUUUACUACACCCAGCCCAAAUGUGACAACAGCACAACCAAACACCACCACCUGGUCUGUAAAUGUAACUUCAUCCCCGCUGAACACAACAGCUCAAGCCCUGAAUGCCACCACCACUGCUGCUAAUGUCACGGCAACAGCUGAAAGCCAAGCCAACGCACUGCUUGAGCUGACCAGAGACGUGUCUGAGCUGAACUCCAGUCAGGUGAAUCAGCUGGUGUCUCAGCUGGAGAAACUUUUGUCAGGCCCGACCGUCAGUCUGGCACUGGGGAACACUUCCAUCCACGUUGUCAGCAAUCUGCUGGGUGCUUCUCCUGGGGUGCUGUCAAACUCCUCCAACAGGAUUAUAGGGAUUGUUGACACAGUGGGGUUGAAGCUGGUCCUUAAUGGACAGGCUAAUACCCUCUUGUCCCCGGAUGUGGCUCUGUCUGUGAAACCAGCAAAUGGCAGCAACUUUCAGGAAACAAUUUUCUCCAUCUCAGACCCCAAUAAUGUACAGGUCCGUGGGGAUCCUAGGCUCAGAAGAAGCGUGAGAACAGAUCCCUCCAUCCCUCAGGGCUCCAUCACGCUGCCCUCCUCUCUCACACAGAACCUGACUACUGAGCAACAGCAGCUUGCCUCCAGAGUCCAGUUCAAUUUCUACCAGAAGAGCACAGUUUUCCAGGAUAGAUCUUUGGGAAAACGCAAACUUAAUAGUGGCAUCCUGGGAGCGAGUGUGGCCAACCUGUCAAUCACAAAACUGCAAGACAAUGUUAUAGUUCACCUGAGGAACACAGAACCCAUUCCCGCUAAUUUUGUGGCUACAUGUGUUUUCUGGGACUUUACAUUAAAUGAUGGAUCAGGUGGUUGGAAUCCAACAGGCUGUUUUGUCCAAAACAGCACAGACAGCGAGACAAUUUGUGGCUGCAAUCAUUUGACCAGUUUUGCUAUACUGCUGGACCUUUCCAAAGAGCCUGUAACAAGUCGUCUACAGGACAACAUUCUUACCUUUAUCACAUAUAUUGGCUGUGGAGUCUCUGCCAUCUUCCUGUCUAUCACCCUCCUCACCUACUUGGCCUUUGAGAAGUUGCGGAAGGACAUUCCAUCCAAAAUCCUUAUCCAGCUGUGCCUGGCUCUGCUGCUGCUGAACUUGGUCUUCCUGGUGGAUGCAUGGCUGGCUCUCUACCCAGACGCUGUGGGCCUCUGCAUCUCCACUGCCUGGUUUCUUCACUACUUCCUGCUGGUUACCUUCACCUGGAUGGGACUUGAGGCCGUCCACAUGUACCUGGCCAUCGUGAAAGUCUUCAAUAGCUACAUAUCACACUACAUGCUGAAGUUCUCGCUGGUCGGCUGGGGUGUCCCGAUGAUUGUGGUCAUUAUUGUCAUUGCUAUUGACAAGAAUAACUACGGUCUCGUCUCCUAUGCAAAGUUUGCAGAUGGCUCUAGUGAUGACUUCUGCUGGCUGAAAAAUGACAUUGCUUUCUAUGUGGCAGUGGUGGUCUAUUUCUGCAUCAUUUUUCUGUUUAACCUUGUCAUGUUCGUCGUGGUGUUGGUCCAGCUGUGUCGGAUAAAGAGACAGAACCCUCAAAAUUUGCAGCACCGCAACACACUGCAGGAUGUGCGAAGCGUUGUCGGGAUAACAAUGCUCCUGGGCCUCACUUGGGGCUUUGCUUUUUUCGCCUGGGGGCCUGUGAACCUGCCAUUCAUGUACCUCUUUACCAUCUUUAACUCCUUGCAAGGUUUCUUUAUAUUUGUGUUCCACUGUGCGGUGAAGGAAAAUGUGAGGAAGCAGUGGAGGACCUACCUGUGCUGUGGCAGAAUGAGACUAGCAGAAAACUCAGAAUGGAGCCGCACUGCAACACAGAAGACUGUGAAGAAGUCAUCAGGGAUAAGACUAAGAUCUCAUCAUUCCUCAAAUUCUUCCCAAUCCAACAAUUUCUCCAGCUCCUCUUUCCUCGUCAAUGACUCUUCAGAGCAGAUUAAUGGCAUUGGUAGCCCAUUUGAAGACAGAUCAAUCAUAGCGGAUGAAGUCCCCGGUACGGAUGUGGUCCUCAACGAGAUCAACAGGCAGUACAGAACCCAACAAGCCUGAUCCAAAAAGGACAUCAGAAUUUUGAAUGGUCCUUAUUUUGAAAUACUUAUGUAUGUUAAUAGAGUAAAUUAUGUACUGUCCAUCUGCAUGUCAUACAUUAUACAUGGCACUUGAUUAUACAUUUACCUAUAUUCAUACUUUUAAUUAUAUUUGCACAAGGAACCCGAACAACCUUUAUUUUUUGUACAAUUAGGUUAUCAAUGUAAUAAGACAUAUUCCAAUGGUAUGUUGCCCCAUGAUCAACAAGUCAAUAUCAGAACAAGCCAACAGACUGGUCCAAGUUCAGUUUAACAACUUCAAAAAAAAAAGUUAUUAUAGCUUUCAAACAGAAGGGACACCAUGGCACAGUAAAGUGGUCCAAAAAGCUUUAAACUCCCCUAUGCUGCAAAUAAAUCUUACAUCUACAUUUCUAAUUAUAGUUUUAAGCGUUUGUAAGGUUUUCUUAGCUGCCAAAGCACUUUUGAUGAAAUGUCUUCAUGUAAAUUACUUCUAAGUGUUAAAUAAAAGGAAUUACAUCCACAUUCAGCUUAACUAAUUAGAGCAACAAACUAGAUUAUUAACACAACUGUACAAACCUUUAUCAUUGGCUGUAUCUACAUUGUAUUCCGGUUCACUGUUCAUAUUGACAUGCUUUUCUUAAAAUAUUCCAAGGGUGUCCUUGAUUAUUAUUCGUCAAUUCCAUUUCUUUUGGAUAAAAACAAAAGUCAACAUUCCCCCCCAAAACACUUUAUUGAAGAGAUCAAAGAAAGUAUCUCAAGUGUGACCAAACAGCAUUUGGUUAAAUUAUAUUGAAUAAAUAAAUGUAACCCGAGUCCCACAGGGUUGAUCACGAAUAAACGUGCUGUGUACUGUAUAUGCAAGCUACAUUCACUGUCCUUUACAUGCACCUAAUACAGUCUUAAAAAAAACUUAAAAUAUAUCAGGAGAAACCAAAAGGUGCUAAUAAAACAGGACAUAAAAACAGCACAAGCACAAAGGUGGCAAAGUGGUGGAAUCAUUUCCCUUUUAAAACACAUUUGGACUUAAACACUUCAGUCUCACUGGGCAUGGUCACAUUGCGUUGAUACAAUCUGAAAUAAUCAAAUCACAUUGAAGAGGCAGUAACAAAAACAGCUUAAAAGCAACUCCGUUCAACUAUGCUGAGGCUAUAUAUUGGCCUAUCACACGACAUGAGCUCAUUACUCAAAAGUGAAGAACUUAGAAAACCUAAAGAAAACAAGAGAACACACCUGUUGAGGAUGUAAGAUGAGUUACACCACAUUAUCAGUGUAUCUAAUCACGGUUUAAACAUCGAACAGUUCCUU